UUAGCUUACUGUGCUAAGUUAACGUUUGCUCUGUUGGCUUCACGUUCAGUCGGUUCCCAUUUUAAAACGUCUCUAAGUUACACAUUGUGUGCUUGAGUUUAAAUCUUUUAUGCUAACACGUUGAGUAGCACUCAGUUAACAGCAAAACACCGUAUCGUAUCUUAAAUCGUGACUUUUAAAAGUCGUUAGUUGCCAUGGAGUUUUCAUUUAGGCAGUAAGUUAGCUAAUUCAGCGUAUUGAGCCGUUAUUAACCUUCGCCGUGGUAACAUACAGGAACACUUGAGUCACUGAAGAGGGAACACUAUGGAAAGUGAUGUGUGCAGCCACGUAAAGGUGGUUGUUCGGGUGAGGCCGACCAACGAGAGUGAGAAGCGUGAAAACUGCCGUAAUGUGGUCCACGUUGUUGAUAACCACAUGCUCAUAUUUGACCCCAAGGAACAGGACGUAGCAUGUUUUGGGUCACAAAGAGUACGGAACAGGAACAUUAACAAGAGGGCCAACAAAGACCUUAAGUUUGUUUUUGACCAUGUCUUUGGUGAGAACUCUACUCAAGAUGACAUCUUUGAGAAUACUACUAAAACGGUGCUGGACGGUGUGAUGAAUGGAUUUAACUGCACAGUGUUUGCCUAUGGUGCAACUGGAGCAGGCAAGACACACACCAUGCUAGGCUCACAAAAUGAACCUGGGGUCAUGUACCGCACCAUGAAAGACCUGUUCAAACGCAUGGAUGAUGCCAAGGAGGAGAAGGAGUUUGCUGUUGCAUUCUCAUAUCUUGAGGUUUACAAUGAACAGAUCAGAGACUUGUUGGCUAAUGCGGGGCCUCUUGCAGUGAGGGAGGACAGUUCUAAAGGAGUGGUUGUUCAGGGCCUCACACUGCAUCAGCCCAAAUCUGCAGAGCACAUUCUUGAGGCUUUGGAUUCUGGCAAUCGAAACAGGACGCAGCACCCCACUGAUAUGAAUGCCACCUCCUCACGGUCCCAUGCUGUGUUUCAGAUAUAUUUGAGACAACAGGACAAAACUGCCAGCCUCAAUCCUAAUGUCUGCGUCGCCAAAAUGAGCCUGAUUGAUCUGGCAGGCUCAGAGAGAGCCAGCGCCACCAACGCUAAAGGGGCACGUUUUCGAGAAGGCGCUAACAUCAAUCGCUCACUCCUUGCCCUAGGAAAUGUUAUCAAUGCUCUUGCUGACCCUAAGAGUAAGAAAGCUCAUAUACCAUACAGAGACAGCAAGCUGACGCGGAUACUUAAAGACUCUUUGGGAGGCAACUGCAGGACAGUUAUGAUUGCCAAUGUUAGCCCCUCAUCCAAGUCAUAUGACGACACCCACAACACACUGAAGUAUGCCAACAGGGCCAAGGAGAUUAAAACCUCGCUGAAGAGUAAUGUUUUAAGCCUGGACAGUCACAUUGGCCAGUAUGCAGUGAUAUGUGAGAAGCAACGACAAGAGAUUGUACAGUUGAAGCGGAAACUAAAAGAAUACGAGGAGAAGAACAUGGUGCCUGGAACUUCUAACACAGUCUCUUCUCAGAAACAAGCAGAGUUCAAAAGGGUGUCAGAAGCUCUGCAGCAAAUCUUCUCUAGCCGGGCCCAAAUCAGGAAAGAACAGCUGGAUUUGGAGAGACAACUGAAGGAGAAUGAGCUGCGCCAGCGCUACAGUGAGGAGGACAACCUGCAGGUCCAAUAUUUCUGUGCCAAGGAAAAGACUGAGAAGGCCACUUGUAAGCAUGAACGGAAGAUUGCAAGCUUGCGCGCUCAGCAGCAGCACAUUUGCAAACGUUUGAAGGAGGCAGAAACACGUUUCCUGGACAAUGACGGCUGGCUUCAUCGUGUCGAGAAUGAUAUGAAGUUGUUGAAGUCGAAUGAUCAAGCCUCACAGGUGUUAGAGAAGGACUUGCAUUGCCACAGACUGGAGCUGCAGGUAAACGACCUCAAACAACACAUCAAGCAGAUGGUCGAGCUCACUGCGCUGCAGGAUCAGCAGAAUAAGCGCAUGCAAAAAAUGGUGAACAUCUUGUUGCCAGCUUAUAAUCGGCACUACUCUGCGAUGCGCGGGGCCGGGCUGGUCACUGCAGCAGAUGAGUUGGAGAACCACGAACUAGAGCAGGUUGUGUUGAGGGAGAGAGGCGUGGUCUGGGCAGACCAGGAAGAGGCGGGGCAGAAUCUGAAAGGUGAAGAGGAAACGCAGGAGACAAACCAGGCGGGAAGCAUUGGGCUCCACAGCGAGUUGGCACCUGUCCUUUCUUUCUCACAUCUGCUCUAUCAUCAGAGUAGCCCCUGCAGUGCAGAGGGGCGCACAAAAAGAACAUCAUUGUGCGACGCUGCUCCGUCGCCAAAAGGUAGAGGAAAUCAGGCAGAUGUGAAACAGGGAGCAUUUCCCAGAAAGCCCACCAGGAGAAAUCUGUCUGCAUCACUGCCACCACAAAGCCCCAGGACCGUCUCCCAGACCCAAGUCUAUGAGGAAGGCAUGUUCCCGCUCCAGUGCACACCAGAACCUGCUCCAAAAACUGUUCAGACCAUGAGCUUCUCCACCACCAUGGAUCCCAAUAUGACCUUUGAAGUUCUAGACAACGAUGAUGAAACUGCAACUAAUUCAACGAUAAUAAUAAGCAAUGAUGGUCCCUGUCAAGCAUCAAGGUCUGUGGACUUCUCAGUUCCCAGCCAACCACUCAAUCCUCCCAAAGCCAAUGGGGGGAACCAGAUUCCUACAAAAAGGCAACAGAUGCCAUCUUUACAAGACGUGAGACGAGCCAACCCGACCUACAUGGACAUGACAUCUGCUGCACAAGGAAAGCGUAAAUUCAACAACAUCAGAGAUGAGUUAACACAGGGCCUCUCUGCACCGAAGCGUAUAAAGAAAGACCCCUCUGUGGCCCGGAAACCACUCAGGGUGCAUCGUUUUGCUGGUUCAGAGGAGAACAAGCCUCGGAGAGUUGUGAGGAGCAUUUCAGAAGGAAAUCUGAGCCUCCUUCAACCUCAGAAAUCCAAGUCCAUUUUCUAUAAAACGUCCCAACAGUUCAAGCGAGUCACCAAGCGGAUGUAAAAGCAACGACCUCUUAACAUCAGCCUUUAUGGACAUUUUCAGUUCCAAACUUCUCCGUCUGUAUUUGUUGUUUUUUAAGUGUUUUUUCUCAAGACCUGAAGGAAAAAAGUUGAUUAUUGUGUAUAUUUCUCAAACACAAAUGCUGACAUAAUAAAACAAAAUGUAAUGUAAUUUUCAUCAUUUCCCUGAAGGUAUUUACUUGAUUGUAUAUAUUAACAUUGUAUAGUUAUUGGUCGUUUGUUUAGAUUUUUGAUAGUUUGAAGACCAAUAUUUAUCUUCUCUACUCAUGGAUUUUAAGAUUAACUCACUCAUGUACACCCUAACUGCAAGAAAUAAAAAGUCCUGUGGAUGUUCUGAGUUUUAUGUACUGUUUCCCCGGGGCAGCUAAUAUCAGAGGUAGACUGUGCGUGACUUUAAAAAAGACAAAAUGGAAACUGCUCUACACUGAGCUGUUUUAAUUUUUGUGUUGUAAUUUGUGGUUGUACAGUUAGUAAAAUUGAUCCACAAUCUUUGGCUGUAUUUCAAUAAAUGAAUCUCUUUCUAAAAUGUAA